AUGGACAUUGAUUUCAAAGAGUAUCAGUUACGUUGUGAACUUCACGGCCACGAAGACGACGUUCGUGGAAUAACCAUCUGCGGAAACGACGACAUAGCCGCAUCAUCCAGGGAUAAAACCGUUAGGUUAUGGUCUCAGGAAAAUCACAAAUUCGUCUCUUCCAAACUUCUUGUAGGUCACACCAGCUUCGUCGGUCCGUUGACAUGGAUUCCUCCGAAUUCCGAUUUGCCUCAGGGUGGUGUCGCUUCUGGCGGCAUGGAUACUCUUGUCUUGGUUUGGGACUUGAACACAGGUGGGAAGUUUCAUACACUCAAAGGUCAUCAGUAUCAGGUCACCGGCAUUGCGUUUGAUGAUGGAGAUCUUGUUUCAUCCUCCAUUGAUUGUACUUUGAAACGGUGGAGGAAUGGGCAAUGCGUUGAGACAUGGGAGGCUCACAAGUCAGCGAUUCAAGCAGUUAUAAAGCUACCCACAGGAGAGCUUGUUACAGGUUCAAGUGACACUACUUUAAAGACAUGGAAGGGAAAAACUUGUUUACAUACUUUUGAAGGACAUUCAGAUACAGUUCGUGGCUUGGCUGUGAUGUCUGAUCUAGGAAUCCUAUCUGCAUCCCAUGAUGGUUCUCUCAGAUUAUGGGCAGUAAGUGGUGGAGUAUUACAUGUUCAUGGAAAUACGAAAGACUCAGAGGAAUGUACAAUGGAACAAACUUGUGGAAAGUGCUGA